UACGGUUGCUGUCCAUGGUGCUGAAACAAUAUUUAACACUGUCUAUUGUAGUGAUCACAAAAAACAUAUAGAAGUAUAUGCAUUGGUUUGUAGUGUCCAAAAGUUUAACCUGAAUCAUCCGCAUUAGUUUUUAUACAAUGUUGUAUUCAGGACUGAUAUCCUCUGAUAGCUCAGUGAGCUUUGUCUAAUAGUCGUCACAAGAUGGCAUAAUAUUCUAUUAUUUUUGCAGUCAGUUGUUUCACUUUGACCAACAGGACUAUCUGUAUAAGGUUUGCAAGUUUUGGAGGAAAUAAUAUCAAUGCCAGUUUGUGAUUUCUGAAUGUUCACCCAUGUGGCUGCUUAAUUACAGACAGAACCUAUGAGGCUUAAUUUUGAAAAACAAGUUUAGAGUGUGGAAUUUGUAUUAUUUUUAUUUUAAAUAUUUUUGACAUAAAACAUGCCGGAUAGUAGGACCAGAAACAGCAGGAAUGGCGCAGAAUGAGAAACUGAAGAGCUGCAAUGUCUGGAAGAGAAAUAGAAAGCAAGGGCGUUUGUGUGUAUGCGUGUGUGUGUGUGUGUGUGUGUGUGUGUGUGUGUGUGUGUGUGUGUGUGUGUGUGUGUGUGUGUCCAAGUGGCGGCGUUAAGGGGUAAAGAAGGGUUAAACCUCUGGAGAAAAAGGAGGUUAAAUCAUCACGAAGAGUGCCAUUCUUGAAGCCGGCUCCGGAGCAUCUGCAGGUAUCCACUAUAAAUAAUGAGCCUAUAGACUGGUGCCAUAAAGGCAGUUUGCAGCUCUCCCCUCUCAUACCGCCCACUAUACACUCUCUUUCUCUCUCGCGCACGGACGCGCGCCCCCGCGUGCACGCCCUGACGCACGCACGCGCUCAUGCACAAGAGGUGGGAGUGGAUGCUCGUGUAGCUGCUGGAAGCCAGGAUGGGAUAAUCAUGCGUGUCUGGCUCCGGGCGUUGAUGCAGCUGCCGUUGCGGGAUCCGGACUGGACUCGGGGCGCAGGGUGGGUCUAGUUCCCGACUGGAGCUAUCUGGACCUCAUGUCGAUGCUAUUAAGCGUUCCGAGAAAGACGAGGGCGAUGGCCGUGAGAGGAGUCGGUGCAGCUCUUUGAAACGUCCAGGCGAGAGAAAUCGACCGUUUUCGCCGAUGGAGGAGAGAAUUCACCGGUGUUAAAGCGCAGCCCCGGUGUGGAAUAACUUGGGAAAAGGGGGAGAGAGGAUACCAAGGCACCCUGCGAGGGAUAUCGGGGGAUCCCUUCACUUGUUUUUCUUUAUGUUUUUUUAAACUGGGAUAGAGAUAGAAACGCACCUGGGAGAACGGAUCACUUUUGCAUCGGUAAUUAGGAGAGAACUGCCUCCUCGGAGCGAGCGGCAGCCGCAUCCGACCGACCGGGGGGGGGGAUUACUUGGAUGGAGAGAGGGCGCAGUGAGGGCUGAGAGAGCGGCUUGCCGUGUGUGUGUGUGUGUGUGUGUGUGUGUGUGUGUGUGAGUGUGUAGGAGGGGACGACGGAGGGAGACCGGGCAGUUUGAAGGGACGGGGAGCCAGGAGCGGCGCGGCGGCUCCAUGAGCGGCUCCUGCCGGGACAGAGCGCCCAGAGCCCAGCCGGAGCGUCUCCUCCACCGCCGCGGGUAGAACCCCGGGCUACAGGACGGCGGCCAGUUUGGAAGUUUUGAUGCAUAUGAUCACAACCACCAUGAUUUUUAUGAUUCUUGGUGCUUCAGUUGUAAUGGCGAUAGCCUGUUUAAUGGACAUGAACGCACUACUGGAUCGCUUUCACAACUACAUCUUACCGCAUCUACGAGGGGAGGACCGCGUCUGUCACUGCAACUGUGGAAGGCAUCAUGUCCACUAUGUAAUCCCAUAUGAUGGGGACCAUUCCUUGGUGGACUCUUCAGAGAACUACUUUGUGAGUGACAGUGUGACCAAGCAGGAGAUGGACUUGAUGUUGGGGCUGCUGCUGGGUUUCUGCAUCAGCUGGCUGCUGCUGUGGCUGGACGGAGUCCUACACUGUGCUGUCAGGGCCUGGAGGGCAAGCCGCUAUUACGAUACCCCGUCCUGGUCAUGGCUGCCCCAGUUCUGCAACCUUCGAGACCUCCGUCGCCGGGCCCAGCUCAGACAGCUGGAAGACUCCAGCGGCAACAUGGUCCACAUCAAGCAGAAGCUCUACCACAAUGGCCACCCUAGUCCCCGCCACCUCUGACUCUAAAAAACAAAAUAACAACAACAACAAAAAAAAACACCCUAGAUUCCUUCCCCUACAACCUCUUCCCCUGUCCUCUACAAAACCCCUCAUCCCCCUUCCUAAACUGCCCCUUGGCCAACUGUUGCCUCAGAGACCCUGGAAAACUGCCCUCCCACUGUUCAUAACAUGGCCCCCUUAAACCCCCCCACGACAGGACUUUCUUAUGACAAAACCCGGUCCCUGUCAGCACUAAAAAAAUUCCCAAAAUGGAGCAAGAUGACGAUUAUUUGUUGCCACUGAAAUUUUGUCUUAUGUCCAUGUCCACCAUUGUGGGAGGAGGAAGAAAAAAAAACAUUUUUAGGGGUGUUUUUUCUGUAUAGAGACAUUUUCUGUGUUCAUUGUUAAACUUGGCAUGCUCUUUUAGAACAGGGUAAGAUGUGGGCAGUGUAUGGAAUGGGGGCGGCAAGACGGGUGUCAGGAUAUUUUUUUUCUGUAUCGGGUGGGAGUGGGACUUUGUUGGUGUGGGGAGGGGCAAACGAGACUGGUGGGUGGGUGGGUUUUUGUGAUGGUUAGAUUGCUGCUUCUGUAAAUAGUUAUAAAUACGGGCAAGUGGGAUUUAAAAGUCUUUAAAAGGGGGUGCGUGGGGGGAUUUUUGUGUGAGUCGUUUAUCAAUAGAAAACCCAAUGAUGGACUGUGUGCGUAAAGAUUAUAGGAACGGAACAGAAAGAUGAGUCUGUUUGAAAACUGGAUGUGAAACCAUGUGAUUUCUGCUAAAAACACAGAUUAAUUAGCUUUGUUACUUAGUGAAUUAACUGAAUGUAUUAAUUUUUCCUGUAAAUAUGUGAGGGGGAGGGGAGAGUGUACGGUUGUGGUUGGGGUUCUCUUUGCUAUAUUAUCAUUCUUUAGUAGACACGGUAGGAGAAAUAAAUGCCAGCCAAGAUGAGUCAGUUCACUACGCACACACACACACACCCCUCCAUCUUCCCCACACUGUGCUCAACAGCACAGUUCAAUUUUCUUUAUCCAAUUCCCUCUCACUUAUCAGGAGCAACCAGCCUAUCAGCAGAGGGAACCCUCACCCAGCCCCCCCUCGUUCUCUCUGUCCAGACAUUGCUGUUGUGAGGAUGAAAUGUCUGUUUUAUUAAAAGUGCCAUUGAAGCACAACAGUGA